AUGACCUUGGGUCCGUUGUGUAUAGUGCGCCCUCUUACCGAAUCCGAGACUAAGACGCUCUUUAGCAAGUUGGCCAACUACAUCGGCUCCAACUUGGUCCAUCUCGUCGACACACCCGAUGAUGUAGGUCGAGUGAGCAUGCCUUGGUACUGAGGAAGCUCUGAUGACUGACACUACACCAACUUUUUACCCCCUUGUUGCAUCGGUAAUUCGACCUGAACUCGCCGCGCUCGUUCGUUCGCUCGACUCUGGUCCGUACCCAGCCCCACGUCUUCCGUCUCCACCGAUCGAGGGUCUACUACGUACGAGAGGAAAUCAUUCGUCAAGCUAUCUCGGUCCCACGGGCGAAUCUCAUCUCGCUCGGCAUCUGCCUCGGAAAGUUCUCAAAGACGGACAAGUUUAGAUUGCACGUUACGGCGUUGGAUCUACUGGGACGAUACGCCAAGAACAAGGUGCGGGAUCGAAGUUCAUGUUCAGCAGGUGUUAGAUGCACGGUGAUCUCACGGCCUGUACUUGCGAUCGCGCAGAUCUGGAUCAAGGCGAACGGAGAGAUGCCUUUCUUGUACGGCAACCACGUCGUCAAGGCCCAUCUCGGCAAAAUUACGGAGGACACACCCGAACACCAAGGUGUCGUCGUCUACAGUAUGACUGACAUUCCUCUUGUGAGUUUUAAGUAAUAUGAUCAAGUCAAAAGUGCUAGUCCGCUAAUGAUGUGUCUGCUUUGACUAUAGGGCUUUGGCGUGACUGCUCGGAGUACGAUCGACACGAGGAAGCUCGACCCUACCGCCAUUAUCGUCUUUAACCAGGCGUGAGUCUCUCUCAUGUGGGGCAACUGCACUCUGAGACCCCACACUGACAUUUCAUCUCUCCUUUCGCUCAUGUGGGUCCUUCACAGUGAUGUCGGAGAAUACCUUCGCGAAGAGGUUCGUUAAGCGCUAUUUCACUGCCGAAAUCGAACAAACUGUGCUGACCUCCUCUUUAUGCUUUCCCUACAGGACACCCUGUUCUGA